AUGUCAUCGACCCAGCAGACCAACUCCUUCGUAAUAACUCCAUAUUAUUAUGCUUGGGCUGAAGGGAAUAGCCAGUAUUAUGCUGUAACGUCGUUAAUGGAUGCAAAACAAAAGUGUGGGUUGACGUCUGCUACCCUCGCGUUCGUGAUCGGCGACUCGACCGGUAAUUUCAAUAAUUUGAUGGAGUCGAUGCAGAGCGACAUAGCUGCGUUCCAGCAGAGUGGUGGCAGCGUCAUUAUCUCAUUCGGAGGGGCGGCUAGUCCUGAUGUAUUCGAUCUAUCAUUGACCGAUACUGAAAUAUACAAUCAAAUCGAACAGAUGUAUUUAAGCCUCAAGCCCCUAGGCUUCGACUACGACAUUGAGGGUGCCGCCGUCGCAGAGUCAUCCACUAAUCAACGGCGUGCGGCAGUGUUCGCAAAACUACAGAAGCAAUAUUCUUCGAUGGUGUUCUCUCUCACCCUCCCAUCAUUGCCCACUGGCCUCGAUAACAAUGGUUUGACUUGCCUGCAGACCUUUGUUUCAUCCGGUAUCAGAAUCGACACCAUUCGAUUGAUGACCAUGGACUUUUACGACUCCUCCGUAUCAACAGAUAUGGGGAGUGCCGCAGUUAAUGCUCUGGAAGGGCUGAAGGGUCAGCUUGCUCAAGUGUAUCCAACGCUUUCGCCCCAGCAAUUAUAUAAGAUGAUGAUGCCCAUCCCGAUGAUCGGUAGGAAUGACGAUGGAUCUGUGUUUACUCUCGAUGACUGCAAAACACUGUGCUCGUAUAUCAAGCAAAAUGGACUUGCUGGAUUUUCAUACUGGGCUCUGCAGCGAGACCAGAGCUCUCAAACAGGUGGUCUCACCUGUUCGUCUAUGAUCAUUCAGAAGGACUUUGAUUUUAUUAACACCGCCCACAGCAUUCUCGGAGGUUCGUCACCUGUUCCUGCGCCUGCUCCGGCUCCUGCCCCUGCACCUGCUCCUGCACCUGCGCCUGCACCUGCACCUGCGCCUGCACCUGCACCUGCACCUGUUCCUGCUCCACCCAGCAACGCGACUCCAUGGACAACCGGAAUAAAUUACAAAGUCGGUGAUAUUGUCAGCUACGCCGGGCAUACCUAUGCAUGUCGCAUGGCCCAUACUAGCAUUGUGACCUGGUUCCCAUCUAUAUACACUCAAUCGCUUUGGACACUGAUCAACUGA